AUGUCGAGUUUCUCUACUUUCAUUUCAAACAACCAGAUUUGCUUACAUGCUUUGAAACAAAUUCCUGAAGAAGAGGAAAACUCUGGUCCUCAUGAUCGCUUGAUUUGUUGCUUUGGAAACCCUUUUCUCUUUAUCAUUCACAAAGGCGAGACUUUAGCGGAAAUUAAAGUACGUCUACAGAAGAAAUUGGAUGUUGCAAACGAAGAGUUUGUUAAGUGGACUUUUACAUUUAUUCAGAUGCAUAUUCCCAAGAAGUAUCUUACAGAUUCUGACAUUGUAUCCAGUUAUUUUUCGAAAAAAGAUGAAAUUACAACUUGGUCGAACCAUCUUGGAUUGGUGCACUCUGACGGAACUCAUGAAAGGGUAUAUGAGGACAAUCAGAGUGCAAAAGUUAGCAGAUACUCGCGAUAUUCCAUUACCACACUUGUGACCAUGUCUCCAAAUCUUGCAGAACUCUCAUACAUCUGA